AUGAGUCGACAAGAGCGAUCCUUGAGAGAUGCGCCGGUCGACAAAUCCAUGAUCACCGAAGAAACUCCCUGGUAUAGGAAAAUUAAUCUCGGUGAAAAUAAAUACAGAAAUACUCUAGGAUCUGUUGCUAUUAUCAUAGGUACUGGAUCUUUGGCAAUGGUAUGGAUGUAUACUCUAAAAUCAGUGAGGUAUUUAAUUCUGCACAAAGAGAACAUCGGACAU